CGGCACCUCCUUCAGUCCCUGGGUGCUCGCUGGCGGGGGAGGCUGGGACCGUUAGCUCGCCAGGCUGGCAGGCUUUGGGCCGCUACUCCACUGGCGGUCGGGAUGGAGACCUUGCGAGCGCAGCGGCUGCAGCCUGGAGUGGGCACCAGCGGGAGGGGCACUCUGCGAGCGCUUCGGCCCGGAGUGACUGGGGCCGCUGCCGCCACCGCCACACCCCAGGCGGGCCCCCCGCCGGCCCCGCCGCCUCCCGCACCGCCCCCGCCGCCUCUGCUCCUGUCCGGGGCCGCCGGGCUGCCGCUGCCCCCCGGCGCCGCCGGCAGCCCCGCAGUGCUGCGGGAGGCCGUGGAGGCCGUGGUGAGGAGCUUCGCCAAACACACGCAGGGCUAUGGCCGAGUGAAUGUGGUGGAGGCACUUCAGGAAUUCUGGCAGAUGAAACAGUCCCGUGGGGCUGACUUGAAGAAUGGGGCUCUAGUGGUUUAUGAGAUGGUUCCCUCCAACAGUCCUCCCUAUGUCUGCUAUGUCACCCUGCCUGGGGGAAGUUGCUUUGGGAGUUUCCAGUUUUGCCCCACAAAAGCUGAAGCCCGGCGGAGUGCUGCAAAGAUUGCGCUGAUGAACUCUGUGUUUAAUGAACAUCCUUCCCGAAGAAUCACUGAUGAGUUCAUUGAGAAGAGUGUCUCUGAGGCCCUGGCAUCUUUCAAUGGCAACAGGGAGGAAGCUGACAACCCAAAUACAGGGAUUGGUGCCUUCCGAUUCAUGUUGGAAUCCAACAAGGGCAAGUCAAUGUUGGAGUUCCAGGAGCUAAUGACAGUUUUUCAACUGCUGCACUGGAAUGGCAGCCUUAAGGCCAUGAGAGAAAGACAGUGCUCUCGGCAGGAAGUGUUGGCUCAUUAUUCACACCGGGCCCUAGAUGAUGAUAUUCGCCACCAAAUGGCAUUGGACUGGGUGAGCCGGGAGCAGAGUGUGCCGGGAGCGCUGUCUAGAGAGCUGGCCUCUACUGAGCGGGAGCUGGAUGAAGCCCGGCUGGCAGUUUCCCGAGGAGCCAAGUGCUUGAGCGUCACGGAAGAGAGUUCGAGCUUAGGCAAGAUGGCGGACGUACUGGAUCUUCAUGAGGCCGGGGGCGAGGAUUUCGCCAUGGAUGAGGAUGGGGACGAGAGCAUCCACAAACUGAAAGAAAAAGCGAAGAAACGGAAGGGACGUGGCUUUGGCUCCGAAGAGGGGUCUCGAGCGCGGAUGCGUGAGGAUUAUGACAGCGUGGAGCAGGAUGGCGAUGAACCCGGACCACAGCGCUCUGUUGAAGGUUGGAUUCUCUUUGUUACUGGAGUCCAUGAGGAAGCCACGGAAGAAGACAUCCAUGAUAAAUUUGCAGAGUAUGGAGAAAUAAAAAACAUCCACCUCAACCUGGACAGACGUACAGGAUAUCUAAAGGGGUAUACUCUAGUUGAGUAUGAAACAUACAAGGAGGCCCAAGCUGCUAUGGAGGGACUCAAUGGCCAGGAUUUGAUGGGACAGCCGAUCAGCGUAGACUGGUGUUUUGUUCGGGGUCCACCCAAGGGCAAGAGGAGAGGUGGCCGCAGACGCAGCAGGAGUCCAGACCGGAGGCGUCGCUGACCCAUCCUCUGUUGUCCAGGUGUUCUCUCCAGAGAUUCCGUUUGACUAUGCAGCCUUGGAGAAAUAGGGCUGGGGUGGAACUCACUGUGUUUAUAUUUAAUCUCUUACGCUACCUGCUUAGUAUUUCUUUUGAGUUAUGAAUAAAUGUCCAAUUUUUGUUUUCUAAAAUUACUUUUCUGUUCUAACGUUGCAAGCUCUGAAGCACUAUUUACAGUAAGGCACUCUGGGUCACUGUGAAGAUACUUCUUCCAGGGACUGAAUUCUGUGUGAGUUUCUACAUUAAAUAUAGUCUCAAGUCUCACCUAGGGUCAAAAUAGAAACACUGCUCAGUAUUUCUUUUACUUGGAAGCUAAGGGAGCAGGGGUACAUGUGAGAUGUUCUCAUGAUACUAGAGAAUAAUUAUUCUGUCCUUAUAUAUGCUCUCGUGAGCAAAUGGAUGUCAUAGGAAUGUCUCUUUUGUUUCUCCUGCCUUUCUUGCUGCCACAUUUGUUUGUACUUUAAUCUGUCUGAGGACCUGACUCUCCUGUUGGGGCAUUCUCCCAGAACCUCCUUCCCUGGAGGAGUCUAUACUGAGUUCUUGGUGCCCUCUUCGGCUGCCAAGGGUGAAGGCCCCAUAGAGGAGAGGAUCCGGAGGAGCAUUGAGGAGGCCAAAGAGAAAAAGGAUGUGGCUGAGGCUGGGAGGCACUUCACUUAGCAUGGUGGGAGAGAACCAGUACCAAAGACCCAGCAGGUUAUAAGGUGUCCAGCAGAGGACGAAGGUCAGCAAGACAAGCAGGGCAGGUCGCAGACCCUGAAGAUGAACAUGGGGGCGAUUGUUCCCCCAUGCGGCGGGGGAACUUGCGGCGGAGGGCAAAUUCACUGGCAGGGGCUGGGAUCUUAG